UAAAUAAACAGCAGCCACCAAUGUGAUGUCUUCUACUGUUCAUCGAUCUUCUUCUUCCACCACAAGAAGAAAUCUGAAGCUGCGGUGGACAUGGCCGCUAGCAUCAUUAUCCGUUCAAAUCCGGUAAUCGGAGGGGCCUGCCGGCCGCCGGAGCUGCUCGCAGCCGGGACAAUGCCGCCGGUUCAUGAGGCGAAGAAGAAGAAGAAGAAGAUUACAAUGAUGCGGAGGCAUCUCCAGACAUCCGACAAGGGCGACGGUCUGUUGAGUUUUCCUCAGGCUGUUGCAUCUGAGGCUUCAUCCGCCAUAGAUCAAGAGAAAUUGCAGGAUCCAACAAUUCCCGUGACGGACGUUGGAACAGUGCUACUAAACUAUGUGCCAGUCUACGUAAUGCUCCCUCUGGACGUUAUUACAGUAGAUAAUGUUCUUGAGAACGAAGAUGGCAUGGAGAAGAAGCUCAAGCAGCUGAGAGCCGCCGGCGUUGAUGGGGUGAUGGUCGACGUCUGGUGGGGCAUCGUCGAAUCCAAAGGCCCCGAACAAUACGACUGGAACGCCUAUCGGAGCUUGUUCCGCCUUGUUCAUCGCUGUGGCCUCAAGUUACAAGCUAUAAUGUCGUUCCAUCAGUGCGGCGGCAACGUUGGAGAUGCCGUCAACAUUCCUCUUCCCCGGUGGAUUCUUGAAGUCGGAGAAUCGGACCCUGAUAUCUUCUUCACUAAUCGGACGGGUAACAGGAACAAGGAAUACCUCACCAUUGGUGUCGACAAUCUGCCUCUCUUCGCCGGAAGAACAGCUGUCGAGGUCUACAGAGACUACAUGAAGAGCUUCAGAGAGAAUAUGUCAGACUUCCUAGAGUCCGGCCUCAUAGUGGACAUUGAGGUAGGGCUUGGACCGGCAGGCGAACUAAGAUACCCCUCUUACCCAGGAAAACAAGGAUGGCUUUAUCCCGGCAUUGGAGAAUUUCAGUGCCAUGACAAGUAUCUCAAAGCAGAAUUCAAGGAGGCUGCAAGAAGUGCCGGGCAUCCCGAAUGGAACUUGCCAGACAAUGCAGGAGCAUACAAUGACACACCCGACUCAACUGGGUUCUUCAGACGAAAUGGAACAUACCUUUCUGAAGAAGGGAAGUUCUUCUUGACUUGGUAUUCUAACAAGUUAUUGAGCCACGGCGAUCAAAUACUUGAUGAAGCCAACAAAGCUUUCCUGGGGUGUAAAGUCAAGUUAGCAGCUAAAGUAUCAGGAAUUCAUUGGUGGUAUAAACACCAUAGUCAUGCUGCAGAACUGACCUCAGGAUUCUACAACCUAAAAGAUAGAGAAGGGUAUCGCCCCAUAGCAAGGAUGCUUUCGAGGCAUCAUGCCAUGUUGAAUUUCACGUGUCUUGAAAUGAGGGAUUACGAGGACAGAGCCAACGCAAAAAGUGGACCUGAGGAACUUGUUCAGCAGGUGCUGAGUGCAGGCUGGAGAGAAAACAUUGAUGUUGCAGGUGAAAAUGCUCUUCCAAGGUAUGACCGUGCAGCUUACAAUCAAAUUCUUUUAAAUGCUCGGCCAAAUGGUGUCAACAGAGAUGGACCCCCGAAACUAAGGAUGUACGGGUUGACAUACCUGCGCUUAUGCCAUGAUCUACUAGACUGGAAGAACUUCCGGAUAUUCAAAACUUUUUUGAAGAAAAUGCAUGCAGAUCAGGAUCUUUGUCUGGAUCCCAGAAAGUACGGCAAUGAGGUAGCUCCCUUGGAGAGAUCAAAGCCAAAAAUCCCAAUUGAAGAUCUGUUAGAAGCUACUGAACCCAUGGAACCAUUCCCGUUUGAUGUCGAAACAGACAUGCCUGUUGGCGGUGUGCUUGCCGGCUUGGUGGAUAACUUGAUCAACGCGAUUGCCUUCUUGUUUAGUUGAUACCAUUGCCGGCUUAGAAGAGAUGCAAUUUGCAGAGUAAAUGAGAGGAUGAACAAAUUGUUACUUGUUCUUAUGUGACAAACACACUAUCAUGUUGUACAGUUCUGUUUCACUCGAGUACAUGACAUUGGACAAGCUUUGACCUAAUGGGGAAGAUAAAGACAUACAAUCGAAGAACUUAAUGUGAAAAUGAAAGGUGCAUAAAUAAAGAUUGAAGAUUGAAGGAUUCUAGUGAAGAUUGAAGGAGCCAAAGUGUUGAUACAGUUUCUUGAGGAGAUUGAAAUGUCAAAAUGUUCAAGAAUCUUUUGGCUGUGAUUGUGUUAUUUCAUGAUUUUAGGGUGGGUUAUGCAAUAUAUACUUGUAAGGUACCGAUAUCCUUCCCUUCCAAAGUGUAUUGCACCCUUGAAUUAUGCUAUACCCCUUCGUGUUGCACCAUCUUCUCACUCUUUAUUUUUGCAUCACACCCUUUGGUUAUUGCAUCGACCUUUCUUACUUAAAAGUUAUUGUAACAAUCCUCAUACUAGAGUCAAUGCAAUAUGUGGUGGACGAGUUCUUUUUUUUU